AUGCCCAAUAUGACCGGGAAACGCAAGCGAGAUACCGCUGUGGUAUCGCGAUCUACUAAAUCUACUAAAUCCGAGGAAACAAGCCCCCCACCGACAGACAACGCGCAAGACAUUUUCCGCAAAUAUUUCGAGGCGCAAUUCGAGCCUCUGGAGCCUUCCAAGGCGGAUGCCGAUUCCGACGAAGACGAGAUUGACGAUGACGACGAUGAAGAAUUAUUAGAUGCCGAAGGCUCAGACUGGGACGGAAUUUCCGGCGAAGAGGAGGAUAGCGAUGACGAGAGUGUCGAGGUGGAGAUUGUCGAACACAAGGAUGCCCAAAGGACGGAUGACUUGAUGGAUAAGAAACUUCGCAAAGCAUUUAUGAAUUCGAGACCACCGUCGUCUGCCGAUACGCCGAAGAAAACAGCGCAGCCAAUUACAAAGGAAGAGGAGCAGGACGACAAGGACAAUUUCAAGCAUGACCUCGCAUUACAACGGCUUCUUCGGGAAUCUCACCUCCUGGAGGAUGCAUCGGAUCUUGCACCUACCGGCAAGAAUCGUUUGAAGGCGCUGGAUCUACGCAUGCAGUCGCUUGGUUCGAAGACGUCUCUUUACGAUCAGAAAAUGCCAUCUGCGCACAGGAGGGGUAUGAAAGCUAAGGCUGCGUCAAAGGAUGCGAAGCGAAGAGCAGAGGCAAUGGAGAAUGGCAUUAUCCUCGAAAAGCCUUCCAAGGUCACCAAGUCGAAUUCCAGUCACAGAGAACGGGGCAUUGGAGGGUCUUCCAUUGGAAGAUUUUCGGGAGGUACUUUGAACCUGAGCAAGGACGAUUUGGAUCAUAUGAGCAAAAUGAGAGGACGCAACGAGAGAGGAAGCAGAGGUGGCAGAGGAGGCAGAGGUGGGCGAGGUGGAAGAGGUGGACGAGGACGAGGAAGGGGAGGAGGCAGGGGACGGGAUUGA